UCCCACCGAAGCCAUCAAACGUGAAAACCCUCCUCCCUCUUUGAAUCUCCUCUUCAAUUUCACCCACUACUGUUUGGGUUCAGGUCAAGACCUCCUCUUGAGUCUCAUAAGCGUUUUGAUUUGACCCAAUUGUAUCCCUGGAUGGCCAACCCUUCUGGGAACCAUCAAGAACCGAGCCAUGCCUCGUCGUCUUUCAACGGCACUAAUCCGACGAACGGGAACUCUGCUCCCGUGCCGGCACCUCCCGAGAGUUCCAUGGCCAUGAAGCACAACCCGGGUAUUUCUAUGGAUUGGACCCCUGAGGAGCAGGCCCUUCUUGAAGAUGGGCUCGCCAAUUAUGCAACAGAAGCUAAUAUAAUUCGGUAUGCGAAGAUAGCCAUGCAGCUACAAAAUAAGACCGUUCGAGAUGUGGCACUGCGUUGUAGAUGGAUGACUAAAAAGGAGAACAGCAAGAGAAGGAAAGAAGAACAUAAUUUAUUGAGGAAAAGCAAAGAUAAAAAGGAAAGAGUAGUCGAUACUUCAGCAAAGCCGUCACACUUUACAACCCGACCUAAUGUAGCUCCAUAUGCUCCUCCGAUAAUAUCUAUGGACAAUGAUGAUGGUGUCUCAUACAAAGCUAUAGGUGGGGUUACAGGCGACCUACUGGAGCAGAAUGCGCAAGCCUUGAAUCAAAUUUCCGUCAAUCUUCAAGCUUUCCAGAUACAGGAGAACAUCAACCUCUUCUGCCAGGCUCGAGAUAACAUCCUCAAAAUUAUGAACGACUUGAAUGACUUGCCAGACGUAAUGAAGCAGAUGCCACCACUUCCUGUGAAAGUAAAUGAAGAGCUUGUAAACCAUGUCCUCCCCCCACCUGCACAUCAAAUGCAAUGAUAGUUUGGCUUGUAGGCUUCUGUACACUUCUUGAAACAUAUCCUGCGUCCAAAUCGGGCCGGAAUCUCUCGAAUCAUACCCUGAUCUCUGGGAAUACACUACGGAGUUGAUGGACCACGUUAGCCAACUCAAAUAGUGCAGGCAAUCUUAAUUGUUUAUGCAGGUUUAUUAAUUUUUAUUAGUAUUUAUUCUUUGUCCCCCUGUCACUUGUAUUACGUCUUUGGUUUAGUAGUUAGUUUACAUUAACAAAAUAUUGCCUAGUAUUCUUUAGAAAGUAGGAAAUAAAUUCCGUGUUGGUGAUG